ACCAAGCAGUCAAACUCACCCAUCACAACUCUGCGUGUUUUCCAUUUGUUCCGCGCAAUUCACGCCGUGAUCUGUCAGUCUGACUGCCUUUCGCCGCUCUCAGGCCUAACCCUAUCGGCGUUUCUUCCUUGAAUAGCCAGUAAACCCGCGAGCCUCCUUCAUAACCUAAAUAUAAUGGCUUCGCUGGCUAUCUCAGAGGGUCUGAAGGUCAGCUCCGGGGUGUCCCCAGCCUCGUCCUCAUAUGGCACGCGCGGAGAUGUCGCUCAGGUGCGGCAAGCGCGAGUUGCGCGCAUCGGCAGGCGCGGGAAGGCUGCUGGUGCUCGGGCCAUGGCGAAGGAGCUGCACUUCAACAGCGACGGCGCCACCACCAAGAGACUCCAGGCCGGCGUGAACAAGCUGGCGGAUCUCGUUGGCGUGACGCUGGGCCCCAAGGGGCGGAACGUGGUGCUGGAGAGCAAGUACGGCGCGCCCAAGAUCGUCAACGACGGCGUCACCGUUGCCAAGGAGGUGGAGCUGGAGGACCCGGUGGAGAACAUCGGCGCGAAGCUCGUGCGCCAGGCCGCCGCCAAGACCAACGAUCUGGCGGGCGACGGCACGACCACGUCAGUGGUUCUCGCGCAGGGCAUGAUCGCGGAGGGCAUGAAGGUGGUGGCGGCCGGCGCCAACCCCAUCCAGAUCACGCGCGGCAUCGACAAGACCGUCAUCGCUCUCGUCAAGGAGCUCAAGGAGCUCGCUAAGGAGGUGGAGGAUGCGGAGCUGGCGCAAGUGGCGGCGGUGAGCGCGGGCAACAACGAGGAGGUGGGCGAGAUGAUUGCGGAGGCCAUGAGCAAGGUGGGGCGGCGCGGCGUGGUGACGCUGGAGGAGGGCAAGAGCGCUGAGAACAACCUGUACGUCGUUGAGGGCAUGCAGUUCGACCGCGGGUACCUCUCGCCCUACUUCGUCACCGACACCGAGAAGAUGGCCGUCGAGUACGACAACUGCAAGCUCCUGCUGGUGGACAAGAAGAUCUCGACGGCGCGCGACAUCAUCGGCAUUCUCGAGGACGCGAUCCGCGGGUCGUACCCGCUGCUGAUCGUCGCGGAGGACAUCGAGCAGGAGGCGCUCGCAACGCUCGUCGUCAACAAGCUGCGCGGCUCGCUCAAGGUGGCGGCCCUCAAGGCGCCCGGCUUCGGCGAGCGCAAGAGCCAAUACCUCGACGACAUCGCCAUCCUCACUGGAGGUACGGUGGUGCGUGAGGAAGUCGGCCUCGCUUUGGACAAGGUCGGGCGCGAGGUGCUGGGCACAGCGGCGAAGGUGACUCUAACGAAGGACGCGACGACGAUCGUGGGCGACGGCUCGACGCAGGACGCGGUGUCGGCGCGCGUGUCGCAGAUUCGCAACCAGAUCGAGGCGGCGGAGCAGGAGUACGAGAAGGAGAAGCUCAACGAGCGCAUCGCCAAGCUGUCGGGCGGCGUGGCCAUCAUCCAGGUGGGCGCGCAAACGGAAACGGAGCUGAAGGAGAAGAAGCUGCGCGUGGAGGACGCGCUGAACGCCACCAAGGCCGCUGUGGAGGAGGGCAUCGUGGUGGGCGGCGGCUGCACGCUGCUGCGCCUGUCCACCAAGGUGGACGCCAUCAAGGACGCGCUCACCAACGAGGAGCAGAAGGUGGGUGCUGACAUUGUGAAGCGCUCCCUCAGCUACCCCCUGAAGCUCAUCGCCAAGAACGCGGGUGUCAAUGGCAGUGUGGUUGUCGAGAAGGUCCGCAGCAACCCCAACCCCAACUUUGGCUACAACGCGGGCACGGGCGUGUAUGAGGACCUCAUGGUCGCUGGGAUCAUUGACCCCGCCAAGGUGGUGCGCUGCUGCCUGGAGCAUGCGGCGUCGGUGGCCAAGACAUUCCUGACGAGUGACUGUGUGGUGGUGGACAUUAAGGAGCCGGAGGCUGCGCCCGUUGGCAACCCCAUGGAUGCCUCAGGUUAUGGCUACUAGGAAGCGUGCUAGGUUCCAAGUGCGGCAGUAGAGAUCUGCUCUGCUGCUGUUAGUGGCUACCUGAUUAGUGGGAUUAUGGCCUGUAGCUGCAGUGCCUUGCAUGCCAGUGUGACCCAUGCAUGCCUCUUCCAGCCGUGUUACAGUGCUCCUGUUAUGUCUUGCUCUUCCAAACAAACCCUUCAUUGAUUUUUGGCCAAGGUAGUUUGCUCAGUGAGCAUUCGAAGUGUUCGUGCUGUGAAAUAUUCCACCUGUCACAGUACACUUGUGGCCCUAAUCACUACUG